AUGGCACACUUGAGAGGACGCAGGUUUCUGACCUGCUUCUACUGCGGAAAACGCUCGUCGACGCGCUACGACGGCCUGAUUCGCGAAUUUCUUUGCCUUCACUGCGAUGCUACUAACUACUUGGACGAGCGUGGAGAAAUUACCGAUCCUCCUGUAGCAAAGACGACUUCUGAACCCGCGCCAAAAACAUACGCGAUUCCGCGCUCCCAGUCUCCAGACUUCCCCAGCCCUUCCCAAAGCAUCUUCUGUUCGACAUGCCUCAAGAACCAGCAUCUGUUUACAAGCUCCCUAGCGCAGUACCUCCCUGAGGAUACGGACCACCCGGACUAUGCGGAACUAGAGAAGAACAUGUACAAGUUCCGCAGGCGUCUCGAGCAGCGAUACCCUCAAAUAUGUGCAGAAUGCGAACCUAAAGUCCACUCAAAGCUGGAUCAGGCUGGCUAUACCGCCCGGACAGAUCACCUGCGACGAAUGAUGGAUAGGAGUAGAAAGAACCGUGUCGUGCCCAGGAAGACAACCCCUUUGGAUGUAUCAGCAACGCUGGGUAGGUGGCUUUGGCUAGGUGGUAUCGUCUGCCAGUACAUGUGGCAUUUGGCGUCUCUAGCAGCUGUGUUUGCAAGCCAGGACGACGAACCGCUGAGAGACCCCGAUGCGACUUCGACCUGGGUGCAGAGGCUUUCGCUAGCCCUGACACUGCUUCUUCCUAAACCGGAGCGGUUGAUUUACUGGAGUUUGUGGGCGAACGCACUGAGCAUCUGGUGGAACCCGAAGUUUGCGCAGGUCUUUCGCGGGUUUUCUCGGCAUAUUUUAGGCCUCGGUCAAUGGUAUACCUUCCAGGGUCUGAUUAUCUUGACGAGGUUUAUGGCCAUGAACAUGACGGAAAUGAGGGGCGGCCGAUCAGGGCAGGGGAGCGCGCAGAUGAGCCUCCACGGCCUAAUGGCAUUGCUUAUGAUGGCGAUUUACGUUCUCGCUCAACGAUCAGUGCGCAUCGAUACAACUCCACUGUUCCAGACAACGGGAACUCCUGCCUCAUCACCCCCGAGACCGCAAGCGGAACGCAAAGAGGACGACACGAAGAAUAUGUCCAACUUGCUUGACGAUAUAUUGGCGGAGUCAGGUCACACACCGAGAAUACCCCCAAGCCCAACCAGUGUUGGCUCAAACUCGCCAGCGCUGUUCAAGCGGGAACUGCAGCACCGGACAAGCAAUCGCAGCUUCCGUGUCAGCACUCCUGAGCCUCAGACACAGCAACCCCAGGUCCACUAUUCGGAGGAAAUGGACUGGUCUCCGACGCAGUCUAAACACCGAGCAUUCAAUGACUUUGGACCUCCAAAGGCACCGAACCAGGUAUUCGGGCAGCCUCCUCAAGGUCCGAACGCCAGCCCAUUUUGGUACAAGGUGCCUCCUGCACCGAUAGCUCCGGCGCAGAGGUUGCGAAACGGGCCAAAGCCGCUCAUUACCAAGCCGGUGGAGAAGCAGUCUAUCUUUGCGACUAGCAGUAUGAACGCAUCAAAUGCCCACGCGGCAGCCGACGGCGACAAGGAGAAGUUGGGAGAUGUGGCUUUUGCGCAGCCCAAGUUCUUCGCCCCUUCGGCGUCCAACCCCAGCGACCCGCGAAGCUCCUUGGCCGAUCUUCUCAACUCGAGCUUCAGCCUGAGCCAAGACGACCCCGAUGAAGGAGAUGACAAUGGCGGGGGCUUCGAAUCAAGAAAUAUGAGCGCCGAGACGGCAAACAACGGGCCCUCGGCAAGAACUGCCGGGCUACGGAACAACCGGCUGCUAGACGUUUUCACCUUGGCGACUCUCCUCGCCGCUUGGCUUCAUGCAACAUCUGCAUCAUACCCAUACAGCCGGGACGUGAUGCUCGGGGCGAUGGUGCUCAGCAUGGCCAUCGCUGUUCAUCUUACGGGAGACGCUAUCAAAGAUAUGCGUAGAGAGGUCACGCCUAGCUGGGCAUCCAUCAUCAACACGUCGCUGGGCAUCGGCGAACUAGCCGUGGCGUGUCACUUUGCGCUUCAGAUCUGGGACAGUCGUAUGCCAGAGGCAACAUCUUGCGUACAGGGUGCGUCAGUUAUUGGCGCGAUGCUGGUGCAUGAGAUGUGGAACGCUGCUUGUUGA